UUUUGCAACGAGUGGAACGUUCAAGUUUUGAAGAACGCAAAAUUUAAAAGUAUGAAAAUUGCAGUUAAAAGAUCUAAUUUGUUUACUUUUACUGAAGCGCAACUAGAAAAAAAGAGUAUUUGUCACGCAUUUUCCUCAUAUGCAACGCAAUAAGUGUAGAAAGUACAACGUAGUGUAGCCAGAGAACAGACAUUUAAAUUUAAAGACAGAUAACCUCAACGGUGCAACUGUGUCACGACGCUGAAUUCCAGGCGUAUAAAGACGAUUCGCGAAUUCCUUGCCAGUAUGGUGCCAAGUGCUAUCAAAAAAAUCCGCAACAUCACAGCAAGUACAAACACCCGCCAAAAGGAGAAACGGUAAAGGAGAAAACUGAGAAGAUAAUUACUGGAGAAAAGAGAAAACAUCCUAUUAAAGAUGAUAAAAAAAUGCAAUCAAAAAGUCCACGAAGAAAAUUGCAGAAGACACUCGAGUCUUCUGAAAGAAAUUUACAUAGUUUUUUCUCAAAUCCAAAAAGAAAUGAUGUCAUUGUAGAUAACAAUAAAAAUGACAAUGAAACAUUUAAAGAGAAAACAGAAGCAUCAGAUAAGAAAAUAUCAUUGAAUGGACAUAAUUCAGUUAAUUCAAUCGAAAACGAUGCAACUGAGAAUACAUCAAUACCUAAUAUGGAUGUCAAAAGAAUUAUUAUGGAUCUAUUUAUGGUUGAGAUGCCGAAAGAUUUUUUUCAAUUUUAUGAAUUUUGUAAAAGCGUAUCAAAAGAUAAUCCUCUUUCGGCUUGUAAAUACGUUCGCUUGAAACUUGUGGGUCCAUAUGAUAUUCUGGAUGGUAAAAUAAACAUUUCUUCUAGUGAAAACGAUAAGGAAAAAUAUUUGAUACAUUGGAGAUAUUAUUACGAUCCUCCAGAAUUUCAGACUAUUGUGAAAUGUGAUGAUAAAGAAGGAUUACAUUAUGGUUACUGGCGAGAUGAUGCAGUAGAAAAACCAGUAUUUAUAGCAAAGAAUCGAGCAAAUGUGAAUAGCAUAUUUGAACCCGUUGCAGAAAAUAUAUUUGGUGCUGUCGAUGCUUAUUUGCAAAACAAAGUGAAAACGGCCAAUCCUUUCGAGAAAACCAGCAUAAUACGUUUGCAUUCGCAUCUGAAGAACUUUGCCAAACAGCACAAUAUAACUUUGGACAAAAAUACCGCAGAUAUGCGAGCGAGAGAGAAACGGGUUGUAACACGAACCUUUCAUAAAGCUGGUAUAGUCGUACCUUAUGAUAAGAAGACUCAAUUGGGUUACAGAGAUUUGGCAGUAACCGACAAUGAUUUGCAAAAGAUAUUGAAGCAGAUAGAGGAAGCUGAUACUCCGGAAGAUAGAAAAAUGCCGAUCACGAAGCUUGAUGAAAUUGUAAGGUUGGCGACGAUAGCCGCGGACGAAUGCGACUUCGGUACUUGCUUGGAACUGGGACACGAUCUCUUCUCGAACGGCGGCAUUCACGUACAAACUAGAGCUCUGCAAAUGCUAUCUAUCGCUUACACUCAUUUAAAAAGACCACAGCUAUUGAAAAUACUUGAAGCACAUUUGAAGAAUAGGAAGAAGGAUUGUGAAUUAAGUGUAAUUUAAAAAAAAAUACUUAAAGACGGUUAUACACACACACAUGUUGACUAUGAUCUUUCUAGAAACUGAUGUCAUGUUACAAACAAAAUAAACAAUAAGAUAACUAAAUAUAAGAUAACACUCGCGUGUAUUUAAGCAAAUGAAGAAAAAUCAAAAUUAUAAGCAAAAAAUGAAGUUAGAAAAGAACUAAUACAUUGAAGAUUACGAUUCCAAUUGCUUCCAUUCCAAUGGAAUGUGUAGGAGUGGCAAAUCCACAACUUUUA